AUGCUAUCACUUUCCUACUUCAAGAUGGCGCUGAAGCCGACCGAGUGGGUGCACACAGAUCCCUUAGCUGCGGGUGGACCGCGUCCAGUGUUUACCCUUCGCUAUGUCGAGUGGGGAGUUUGCAUGACACUUCUUCUGGCUCUCUCUUGCGAUCCGGCUUCAGAGAGAGGUGACGACGACAUGAUCCUCGAACCCCCGGCAGCCCGAGAGCGCAGCGCUUUUGUGCAGCAGGUGCACAUGAUAGCAAACAUUCCGGUUGUGGUUGGCAACCGAAUUUCCAGAAUGCCGCUCGCACCUUCCGCACGCUGUACCUUUAUUUAUAUCUGGUCCGCUUGGUUGGCUUUGGUAGUGGAAGAUGAGUUUACGCGCUGGUUCUUGCUUUGCGCAUCCUUCGCCGCUUAUGCCGUGGCUGCUCUAGAACAGCUGGUGCAAUGCUAUAUCUACUGGGAUCGGGAUGGCGGUGGCGAAUGGGGCGCUCUCGUGCUCUUCCAGGUGUUCCUGGCUGGGUUUUAUGGCAUCAUCUACCUGGGUGCAGAGCUGAACCUCUACUCUUGGCAGACAGAGCAGCUUGCCUACACCUUCUCAGAUGUCGGGGCCAAGUUCUUGCAUUCCAGCUUCCUCAUGAGCUUGCAUCGGCAGCGGAACCUUCUGCGGCUGAGCCAGCUCAGAAGGGCUGCCUACACUGCGGCUGCAGACCUUCAGCGGAUGAUUCGGCAAGCGAGCGUGCCGAUCUUCACGGUCAACAUGGACCAGAAGGUCCAGGACUGGAACCUGAAGAUUGAGGAGGUAACAGGCAUUUCCCGGACAGAAGCAGUGGGUCAUGUGCUAUCAGACUUAGCCUCGGGAGAUGAGUUGGACUCUUGGUGGUCAGCUGCAGGUGAUCUGCUGCAGGAUGCUAUGGAAGAACACGAGCCGAACAUCACUGAGAUGACAUUCAAUGCUAGCGGCUGUCUCACUUACCCCGCGGGAACCGUAAUGGCAGUGUCUGCCACCGUCCUACGUGGUGGCUCCGGGGAAGUUAAGGGUGCCGUGUGCAUUGGGCAAGAUAUUUCUGCCAUCACUGCAGAAAAGAACAGAGCACAAGCUGUCGCAGAUGGUCUGACGCGCUUGAUCGAAGCGGCCAACACCCCCAUCUUUCAAGUGGACCUCUCGGACAAUAUCGUGGUCUGGAACAACUGGCUGGUGAGAACCACCGGCUUGGAGAGGCAGGCUGUCCUGGGAAAGCACAUCUCCACGGUGCUGAGCCCUGGGUCCAAGAAGAAGUUCCAGGAUGCGUGUAAAAAAGUUCUGGGCUCCUGCGACGCGGAUCUCUUUGAGAUCAACUUGGUGAAUACAGAAGACCAGAAGAGAACAUUGCUCGUUACGGCCACCCCAUGUGUGUCCCUGUCGGGCCAGAUCAACGGCGCCAUCUGCAUCGGUCAAGACAUCACAAGACUCAAGGACCUGGAUGAGCGGAAAGCUUCGAUGAUGGCCAUGGUUUCCCAUGAGCUCAAAAGCCCUUUGCAUGGAAUUAUCGGCCUUUGCAGUUCCCUUCUGGAUGGCAAUGCAGCCGUGGAGGCAGGCCAGGUUCCGAGGUCAUUGGAAAUGGUGUACAGCUGCGCAACGCGCUUGCUGGACAUGGUGGCCAACAUCAUGGACACGUCCGUGCUCGUGAACAACAAGAAGAUGCGAAUGUCCAGGGAUCCGGUACAGGUCAAGGACAUCAUCGACGAAGUCAUCACUCUUUGCCGGACAGCUAGCAACGGCAGAGACCGAGGACCAUUGCUCAGACCAGGUGUUCAACUUAUCAACAACAUCCACGACGCGCUGCCAAUUAUCGAAGCCGAUGCUUACCGCUGCACGCAACUGUUGUACAACUUGAUCACGAACGCGAUCAAGUUCACUCAUGAGGGCUCUGUGGUGGUGUCAGCUGGCUACGACGAUGAAGAACAGCGAGUCUUCGUCGAAAUCGAAGACACAGGCAUUGGCAUCGAGAAAGCGAACAUCGACCGCAUCUUCGAGCCUUUCGACCAGGAGGACACUUCGGAGAGUCGACAGUACUCCGGGCUUGGGCUUGGCCUGUCCAUCAGCCGCGAGGUGGUCCGGAAGCACGGUGGCGACUUGGUCGUGGAGUCCGAGCAAGGCGUGGGCUCCACCUUCC